GAAGCCACGAAGCGAAACUUUAAAAGGAACCCCACACUGUCCUCCCGAGUCGGGAGCGAUGCUACUCCGGCGGCCGGGCGCCGCUGCCUGCCCCGCUUCACCCUUCCCGGCGGUCCGGAACUUGUUCUGAUCCUCAGUGCUCCCAUCGAGUCCCCGCCCUCCACCCCCUCGGCACUCUGGAUAUGUUUUCUCCCAGAUCUGGAUAUUUUUUUGAUAUCGUGAAACUCCGAGGGAAAUAAUUGCAGGGGUGUUUCUUCUGGGCUCCCUGCGUCUUCCCCCAUGGACAUGCCUUCAAUUUGGGGAGCCGAGGCAUCCCGUCCUAGGCGAAUGAAGCCCCCCAGCCACGAGGGAGCGAAAUGAAGGAAAAUUCUGCAGUGGAAUGAGAGCUCUCUACUAGCUAGGUCCUUGCAUCUGCCAUUUGUCCUUUUCAAACUGCAUUGUAAUCCGGGCCGGAUAAAUCAGACGAAGAGCAGCUUCCUUAGCCGGAUUUCUCCGCCCGAAUUUACUUUUCCAGAUUUCUUUUCUUUGCCCUCCUGCUUCUUGGCUGGCCCAGGGAUGACUUCCUCGCUGCAACGGCCCUUUCGGGUGCCCUGGCUGCUAUGGGCCGUCCUGCUGGUCAGCACUACGGCUGCUUCCCAGAAUCAAGAACGGCUGUGUGCAUUUAAAGAUCCAUAUCAACAAGACCUUGGGAUAGGCGAGAGUCGAAUCUCUCAUGAAAAUGGGACAAUAUUAUGCUCCAAAGGGAGCACAUGUUAUGGUCUGUGGGAGAAAUCAAAAGGAGACAUCAAUCUUGUGAAGCAAGGAUGUUGGUCUCACAUUGGUGACCCCCAAGAGUGUCACUUUGAAGAGUGUGUAGUGACGACCACCCCACCCUCCAUUCAGAAUGGAACAUACCGCUUUUGCUGCUGUCGUACAGACUUAUGCAAUGUCAACUUUACUGAGAACUUCCCACCUCCAGAUACAACACCACUCAGUCCACCUCAUUCAUUUAAUCGAGAUGAAACAAUAAUCAUUGCUUUGGCAUCAGUUUCUGUAUUAGCUGUUUUGAUAGUCGCCUUAUGUUUUGGAUACAGAAUGUUGACAGGAGACGGGAAGCAGGGCCUUCACAGCAUGAACAUGAUGGAGGCAGCAGCAACAGAGCCCUCUCUCGACCUGGACAGCCUGAAGCUGCUGGAGCUGAUUGGACGGGGUCGAUAUGGAGCAGUAUAUAAAGGUUCUUUGGAUGAGCGUCCAGUUGCUGUAAAAGUAUUUUCUUUUGCAAACCGUCAGAAUUUUAUAAAUGAAAAAAACAUUUACAGAGUGCCUUUGAUGGAACAUGAUAACAUUGCUCGCUUCAUAGUUGGAGAUGAGAGGCUCACUGCAGAUGGACGCAUGGAGUAUUUGCUUGUGAUGGAGUAUUAUCCCAAUGGAUCUCUAUGCAAAUAUCUGAGUCUUCAUACAAGUGAUUGGGUAAGCUCUUGCCGUCUGGCUCAUUCUGUGACUAGAGGACUGGCUUAUCUUCACACAGAAUUACCACGUGGAGAUCAUUAUAAACCUGCAAUUUCCCAUCGAGAUUUAAACAGCAGAAAUGUCCUGGUAAAGAAUGACGGCACGUGUGUUAUCAGUGACUUUGGUUUAUCCAUGAGGCUAACUGGAAACAGGCUGGUGCGCCCAGGGGAAGAAGAUAAUGCGGCUAUAAGUGAGGUUGGAACAAUUCGCUAUAUGGCACCAGAAGUGCUAGAAGGAGCUGUGAACCUGAGGGACUGUGAGUCAGCUCUGAAGCAAGUGGACAUGUAUGCGCUUGGACUGAUCUACUGGGAGGUGUUUAUGAGGUGCACAGACCUCUUCCCAGGUGAAUCUGUACCAGAUUACCAGAUGGCUUUUCAGACAGAAGUUGGAAAUCAUCCCACAUUUGAGGAUAUGCAGGUUCUUGUGUCGAGAGAAAAGCAGAGACCCAAGUUCCCAGAAGCCUGGAAAGAAAAUAGCCUGGCAGUGAGGUCACUCAAGGAAACAAUCGAAGACUGCUGGGACCAGGAUGCAGAGGCCCGACUCACUGCACAGUGUGCGGAGGAGAGAAUGGCUGAACUCAUGAUGAUAUGGGAGAGAAACAAGUCUGUGAGCCCAACGGUCAAUCCAAUGUCAACUGCCAUGCAGAACGAACGCAACCUGUCACAUAAUAGGCGUGUGCCAAAAAUCGGGCCUUACCCAGAUUAUUCCUCUUCCUCAUACAUUGAAGACUCUAUCCAUCACACUGACAGCAUUGUGAAGAAUAUUUCCUCUGAGCAUUCUAUGUCCAGCACACCAUUGACAAUAGGAGAAAAGAACCGAAACUCAAUUAAUUAUGAACGACAGCAAGCACAAGCUCGAAUCCCUAGCCCAGAAACAAGCGUCACAAGCCUGUCCACAAACACAACCACCACAAACACCACUGGCCUCACUCCAAGUACUGGCAUGACCACUAUAUCUGAGAUGCCAUACCCAGAAGAGACACAUUUGCAUGCCACAAAUGUUGCACAGUCAAUCGGGCCAACCCCUGUCUGCUUACAGCUGACAGAAGAAGACUUGGAGACUAAUAAGCUAGACCCAAAAGAAGUUGAUAAGAACCUCAAGGAAAGCUCUGAUGAGAAUCUCAUGGAGCAUUCUCUGAAGCAGUUCAGUGGGCCAGACCCAUUGAGCAGUACCAGUUCUAGCUUGCUUUAUCCGCUCAUAAAGCUUGCAGUGGAAGUGACAGGACAACAGGACUUCACACAGGCUGCAAAUGGGCAAGCAUGUUUAAUUCCUGAUGUUCCAGCUGCGCAGAUAUAUCCUCUCCCUAAGCAGCAGAACCUUCCUAAAAGACCUACUAGUUUGCCUUUGAACACCAAAAAUUCAACAAAAGAACCCCGGCUAAAAUUUGGCAACAAGCACAAAUCAAACUUGAAACAAGUAGAAACUGGAGUUGCCAAGAUGAAUACAAUCAAUGCAGCAGAGCCUCAUGUGGUGACAGUAACUAUGAAUGGUGUGGCAGGUAGAAGCCACAAUGUUAAUUCCCACGCUGCCACAACCCAAUAUGCCAAUGGGGCAGUGCCAUCUGGUCAGGCAGCCAACAUAGUGGCACAUAGGGCCCAAGAAAUGCUGCAGAAUCAAUUUACUGGUGAGGAUACCAGGCUGAAUAUCAAUUCCAGUCCUGAUGAGCAUGAACCUUUACUGAGACGAGAGCAACAGGCUGGCCAUGAUGAGGGGGUUCUGGAUCGUUUGGUAGACAGGAGGGAACGACCAUUAGAAGGUGGCCGAACUAAUUCCAAUAACAACAACAGCAAUCCAUGUUCAGAACAAGAUGUCCUUACACAAGGUGUUCCAAGCACAGCUGCAGAUCCUGGGCCAUCAAAGCCCAGAAGAGCACAGAGGCCCAAUUCUCUGGAUCUUUCAGCCACAAAUAUCCUGGAUGGCAGCAGUAUACAGAUAGGUGAGUCAACACAAGAUGGCAAAUCAGGAUCAGGCGAAAAGAUCAAGAGACGUGUGAAAACUCCAUACUCUCUUAAGCGGUGGCGCCCAUCCACCUGGGUCAUCUCCACUGAGCCGCUGGACUGUGAGGUCACCAACAACAGCAGUGACAGGGCAGUCCAUUCUAAAUCUAGCACUGCUGUGUACCUCGCAGAGGGAGGCACUGCCACAACCAUGGUGUCUAAAGAUAUAGGAAUGAAUUGUCUGUGAGAUGUUUUCAAGCUUAUGGAGUGAAAUUAUUUUUUUGCAUCAUUUAAACAUGCAGAAGACAUUUAAAAAAACAAAACAAAACUGCUUUAACCUCCUGUCAGCACCCCUCCCCACCCCUGCAGCAAGGACUUGCUUUAAAUAGAUUUCAGCUAUGCAGAAAAUUUUAGCUUAUGCUUCCAUAUUUUUUAAUUUUGUUUUUUAAGUUUUGCACUUUUGUUUAGUCUUGCUAAAGUUAUAUUUGUCUGUUAUGACCACAUUAUAUGUGUGCUUAUCAAAAGUGGUCUCAAAAUAUUUUUUUAAGAAAAAAGCAAAAACAGUGUAUUGCUGAUAAUCAGUUUGGACCAUUUUCUAAAGGUCAUUAAAACAGAAGCAAAUUAAGACAGGUUUGAUGCAAUGGUGUCUGGUAUCCAUGUUUUAUUUCUGGGCACAAGCUAGUAUAUAUGUUCACAUGUUUUUGACCAUAAUCUGUUGGACAUUCUUUUUCUUGUACUUUAUUUGAAUGUGCAAUAGUCUAUAGACCACAAAGAAGCUUUCUUACUGCUCUCUUCCAAGCAGGGCACUCAUUCUUCCGUUGUUGAAACAUUUUCCCCUGUUUUCGACAAUAUGAACAUUGUCUAGCUUUCUCCUUAUGGAGAUACAUAGACGCUGUCCAAAGGGCUCCACAAAGGACUUAGCAAAACCUUUUUUGAAAUGCCAUUGUCUUCUAACCUUCCAAAUGCCAAGUGUUCCCUUCCAGGCAUUUUAAUAAGCAUAUCUGGUUCUGAUUUUGGAAGUUCAUAAGAGAGCAUAGAACAAAACAGAAGAAAGCAAAUAUUAGCCUUUUCCAUUUUAUUUUUCUAUGUAUAUGUUCAUGUCUGUAUUCAUUAUUUAAGAAAUAUUUUUUAUCAGAAAAUGUAUAGAGCUAAACCUACAUGGGAUUUUUAAGUAAGUAGCUGGGCAAGGUGAUUAGUUUAGUAGCUUUCAUUUUCUGACCAUCACAAAUUAAAUUACAUUUCCUAUUUAUAUUAACUUCAGAAAUAAGCGAUAGUUGAUUUGAAUCAAUAGUACGGUUCAUUGUUCCCCAGCACAGCCUGACAGUUCUGUGUGAGAAACAACCCCUCCUCCCAUGACCUAAAACACUGUGGAGAGCUCAUCCAACCAGCACAUCAGGUCCCUAUGGAAGAAAGGCUUCCUGCCAAACUUACAACCAUUGAGCAGUCUGUUGCUCCUAUGUUUAUUUUCUUCAUUAAUCCUGGUUUUGUAGUUUCUCCUUCUGCCAGUUUCAUGUGUUCUUUGACUGUGAGCAGCAUUCACUGUGUGUGUUGUAUGUAGUAGAGCAUGCUUCUGAUAAUGAUGUGCUGUGACAUCGCUGUCACGCGGCGGCUGGUGAUGAUGUACCUUGAUGUUGCUGUCACACGCUUCUUUUGUCACUAACGAUCUCUGAAACAACAGUGUCUGUGUCUUUUAAUAAAGACUUUCUGUCAAAAAUUUAGGAAUUUUCCAUAAACAUUGCUUCCUGUCAGUUUGCAGACAAAUUGUCCCCAUGUUUUUUCAGAUUCUCAGAAUCCUUAAUAUCCAUUAUCUGAUUUCGUUUUCAACUUUAGCAGGGAGAUAAAAAGUUAAGUGCAAAUUUCCAAAUUCCUGCUUUUGGUUCUUCUGUCCUGAACACUGUUUUCUCAUCUGUAAUCUUCUUUCCUUCCAUUUACUCAUACACGAGCUUCCUUCACUUGCCGUCGCUGUGCUCUGAUAUCACAGCAUUUACCAUUUGGUCAGCUGGGACGCUGACUGGAGCUCUCAGUUCUUAGAAUUAAGAUUAUCUCACUUGUGCCCAGGAUUCCUUUCUCACCUUUGUGUUUCAUUGGCCCCUCUUUUGGUUCAGAGUCUUUAUAUAUAUAUUUUUGUCUUCUGGCAUACAGCUGUUUUUUGUUUUCUUUCUAAUUAGUUACUGUCCUUUGUCUAUUUAACAAAUAAUUUGUAUCUUUCACUUAUUUCUUUUCUCCAAAUGGAUUUCAAAUGCAUUUCAGAAUUUUAAUUUUCAGUUGUAGAACAACUUUAAAUCAAAAUAAAUUAUAUUCUUCCCAUAUCCAAUUUGAAACAUUAAGAAUAAAUGACCCUUUGAGGUCCAACUGAUCUUUUCCUGUCAUAAAAAUUGUCUUAAUUCUGAUACAGUUGUAUUAGGCCCAGUCAAUUGUGAAUUUUCCAAGUCUUUACUGUUUAAUAAUAGAAUGCUUUAAAAAUUAAUAUGCCAGAAAAAAGAAAUCUCUAUAGUUUCCCAUUUCAUGCAAAUAUACUUAAAACAAUUAAUUCCUUGAACUGCUUGAAGAAUAGGAAAGGUAGUAAGUAUAGGUCACUUUAAUAAAUUUUCAAAUCUAUAAUACACAGCAUGCAGAAAUCCCUUAAUACUUUAAAUUACUAGUUAGAUUUAUUUAAUCUGAUUCUUGAAGCUGAAAUGGAAUUUACCACAAAAUUUCAUACACACAAAUUAAUUUUAGGCCUUUUGAAUAAAAGUCAUUCAAUUUAAAAAGAUUUCUCUGGACAAUAAUAUAAUCUUUAAAACAUCAUAAUAGGACAUCAGAGUAUGAUGUUAGUUCCCUUAAGAAAAUACUAGUUGUGGGGCUGGAGAGAUGACGUAACAAUAACAGUGCUUCCUGUGCAUACAGAGGACCCAAGUUCAGUUCCCAGCAGCUACAUGGUCACUCACAAGUUCCACAGAAUCCAGUUCCCUUUUUUGGCCUCCAGUGACAUGCAUGUAACAUCCCAUCCCACACACAUACACAUAAUUAUAAAUGACAAAAGUAAAUCUUAAAAUACUAGUUAUAUACCAGAGCUAAGUAAUGGGAAGAACUUGGUUUGAAUUAUAUAUAGAAUAAAAUGAAAACUGGCAUUACAUACACUUAUUUUUUUCAUCCUCAGAGCAACCAUAUUAUAAUAUUCAUAUUUUACAAAUGAGGAAAUAAAAAUUAGGAAAUUUGUCUAAGUUUCAUGCCCAGACACACCUGGGAUUUCACUCUGGGUCUCUCUCCAUGUGUCUUUUAUGCACAACACAUAGUCUACAGUCUUUAUGAACUGGUGUGCAGUGUACUGACGUGUACUCCAGCAGAUGUGUGGUUUAUGUGUAAGCCAAACCAUGUACCUAAUGAUCUUGUUAGGUAAAUAAAGUCCGUAAUCACUACUGCUUGAAAACAGUUCCUAAUUCAGUACAAAAUUCAGCCUACAUCCUAACAGUUGUUUGACCUAUCUCCUACUAUGUUUACAUUGCAUAGCGAAAGGCAGAGUAAAUGUUAAGAGACACGUGAAGGAAGCUGACGGAGCAGGGGCUCCCUAAUGUGAUCCCAUACCUCACUUGGGAAAAAGAGUUGCAUGCAAAUUUGCAGUCUUCUUAAGCCUUUGACUCUAGCUUUACCAAUGUCAGAAAAAUUGUUAAUCCAGAGAGCUAAAUGAUCUGUAGAAAGAAUACAAGGUUAAUCCUCUUUUUUUAAAGCAGGCUAGUGUUGCUUCCGUACGUGUGUAUGCUUGUUCCAGAACCUGUAUGUUGGUUCUGAAUGAGUAUAUAAGGAGCACUCAUAUCAGUGGGAAUUACAAAUUUUAUUUAAAAUAUUUCCAAGUUUGACUUCUGAUUCCCAAAGGAACACCUGAUAUAGUACAGCUAUCACACUGUACUUUUACUCUCUGUUAAUUAGUCAUUUUAAACAGAAAAAAAAAAAACAAUAAACAUUGGUUUCCUCUUAUCAUUUUUAUGGACUUAAAUAUUUCAUUCUCACUUCUAGAAUUUGAUAUUAUGUCAUAUCACAUUUUAUAAACCUAUGUUGAGCUUACAUAUAUGUUAUUACAUGACUAUCCAUAGAUUUUUGAAGAUAUAUAUUUACCUUAUAUUCUUAACUCCUUAAAAGAUUCUGCACACAUUCUAAUUCUACUGUUCUAGACCAGUUAGUCAUUCUAGGAAGUAUGUAAUGCCCCUCAUAGGCCCUAGGAGUCUCUUUUAGGCUAUGAUAAUUUUAAAUAUUCACACCCUUGACUAGCAGUGGGUUGUGGUGUAUUUCUUUUAACUUUUUUUUUUUAGAUUAUGAACUAUGCAAACUUCAUCCAUAUCAGUCUAGUCAGUUACUUUCUGAGCUACUGAACAAAGGUUAUUAUCGAAAAAGGCUUUUUUAUAAGUGUCCACAUUAACACAGGAAAUCUCCAUGUGCCCAAAGAGGUGGUAGCACCCACCUGUUCCUCUCUUUAAGUCCCUCAUGGUUUAUAGAGCCUGUCCCUCCACUAUCUGACCUGCAGUCAUAGAUCAGGAAAGUUUUCUUCAUAUCUGUUCUCUCUCUUGUUUGAUUUAAGGUCUGUUUCUCAUACGUAGUAGGGAAAAGAGAUGGUCAUCCUCUCUAACACGCUUCAGUCAGUGUCAGGUCCGUCCUAACACUCUUCAGUCAGUGUCAGGCUUCUCAACAUCAGUUCAUCAGAUCAAACUGUUCCACUUCUUCCUUCAGGGUUUUUUUCUUCUCAAAUAUAUUUUAAUUACUUUAUUUAUAUUUAAAACACUAAAAUUCUAUGUUAUAUUCAAAUUAAUUACUCCAGUUAAUUUAUAGCAUAGUAGUUUGAUAGAGUUGAGGAUAAAAAUGUUACCAUUGGAUUUAAUCAUCAGACCACCUGAAAAUCAGCACCUAAUUUUUGUAUUAUCUAACAUUUUUCUAUUAAAGUAUGUUUUAUGAUUUUUUUUAUCUGUACAGAUAUAACUAAAAAGCCAUGCAUACAUAAUUGUGUAUCUUUUUUUCCAUUAAACUCUAACCUAUGUUACAGUAUAAUAUUAGUAUUAUAUGUUUGGGUAUUAUGAUUGAGCCACAACAAAUAUACAUUUUUCUAUAUCAAAUACUGUAUUAAACACUAAAUGCAAAACUAAUUUUCAAAAGCAGACCCUAUAAAAAUCAGGUGUUCAUGGAUGUUUUUUUAUUUUUGUAGACCACUUUUGAAAUGCUUAUCAUUGUUUUUGCAGAAUAGACUGGACUAAAACAAUUUUCAUUUUAACUUUUUAAGUGAUUAAAGCUAGGUGUUUGCAUAGAAAGGAAAUCCUUAAAAUUUUAUCCCAUGGCAUAUGAAUUUUGAGAAGCUAUACUUUAUGUUAAGAUUAUGCCCCAAAUAAAUCUAUUGAGUCUUUUUAAAAUUUUCAGUUUUGUUCUUACUGAUGUUUGUGGUGUUUCUAAUGAGCAUUGUAAACAUACACACUCACUUGUAAAGUGUAGUUUGCAGCUCACAUUAAAAUCUGGAGCAGACUCUUUAGAACUAUAUUGCUUCAUUAGGAUGUCUAGUUUCUAACGGAAUUUAAGAAGAAAACUGUACUUGAAUUUACAACUUGACUGUUCUUUCUUUUUAAAAUGCUUUUCCCCCAUUUAAUUUGAAUUUUAAAUUCCAGAAACAUCUUCGUGAUUUGGAAUCAUUUUUAGACAUAGUAUCACUUAAAAGCUCAGGGUCCCUUUCAUCUGUUUGUGCACUGAAAGAGUUCAGUUGCUAACAAACAAGCAAUUAGAUCCAGUUGAAUAUUUAAAAGUGUUUGUUGCAUAGUAAUGUCUCAUCAUAUUAUUUGACUUAAUUCACAUCAAUGUGAUGUUUAGUUUCAUUAAACUUGCCCAGUUCUGUAAUUACUGAAUAGAAAGAAUGAGUCAACUAAUUGGCCACUUAUUAUAGCAGAUUUAAGCCUUGGAGUCGAAGCACUGGCUUAAACACUUUCCGUUCUUGGUUCUGUGGAUAUACAUGAUGGGGCAAAUAUUUCAUUCUGUUUGGUUUUUAAUAACAAGAUUAGGAAAGGUAAUUCUGAGAUAGAAUUUUCUUGUGGGAUAAUGAGCAUUAUAAGACUUUCUGAAAGUGAGCUGAUGGCUCUAGCUUUGGUGACAGCUUGAUGGCUUUGAGAAAGUGAUCUAUGGUGACCAGCUUCUCUCUCACAUUGUCAGAGCCAAACAGUUGUUCUUCAAGUCAACAAACUCAAGUUCUAAUUGGUCUGCUGUAUCUUUAAAUCUUAGUGGUGAGGUUUUUGUAACCAGUCUCUUGUCUCAGGCUUCCUGCCUUGUUAUCAGUCUUAAGCAUAUAAAAGAAACUUUUGUAAAGAUGUGUAAGAGUAAGAAAACUAAUGACUAAAAAAUGCAGUUCAAAGCAAUUAGGUUUCAAUUUAAUAUUGAGUUGCUUCACUUCUGUGGCUUUUUUUUUUUCUGGUAACAUUUAUUUAUUUAAGCAACAUUGUAUGCUUUGUCUUCUUUUCUAUAGAGAUUGUAUUGUAUGUGUUUGUGUAAGCUGGAAUCAUCCUUAAUUUUCUGUUGCUAAUUUUUCAAAUGAAUUUACAUGGAUAACUGUAAAAUACACUAACUCUUAGGUGUUGUAGCUGAAACAUGGAGAUGUGUAGCUGCCACACAUUUUCUGAGUGGACAGGAGAAACGUAAGCUACCAAGUAUUCAUUUCUGAGGAUGCUCUUUAGGAGAAGAAAGGCUGCCAUACACUGGCACUUCCUCAGAGCCCUCUUUCUUGUUAACGGGUAUCUUUUGUUGGUGUGUUUUGCUCUUACAUUACUGGUAGAAUAGCGUGUGUGCAUUUAUGAAUAAUUACUUUCAGUUAUCUUGCUUUUGUAUGAGCCAUCUGAGACCUUGCUAUGCUGUAUAAGUCGUGUGACGGAGCAGUGUGCGUAUGAAAUAAAGCAGAUCACUUUCCUUUUGUAUUAUCUGUGGAUGCCACUAUGAACGCUGACAUUAAGCCACUAAAGAGUUUUCUAUGAAUAAGUGUAAGUAAGUGCUUUGAUAUAUAUAAACCUAAAUAAAAAGAGUGUAUCGAGACAGAGGCAUUGGCAAAGGGAGUUUCCAGGCAGUUCUCUAGGUUUAAAAGGCUUGCUGUAAAAUGGUACAUUGUUCCAUUUAUUAAAGAUCAUAUUAAUGACAA